AUGCCCUCUGCAGUUCCUCUCCUUCUUCCACUGGAGGUUGUCCCCAAAGUCGAACUGGGUGAAACAGAACGCCAGAGCGAGGGCUCUGAGACUAUCGGCCGCAUGACACAUGACAUGCGAAACCUUGUCAAGAAAAUCCAAGAGUUGAGACACCUUGGGAUCGAAGACAACAAAAUUGCCUUGCCAAAAAUUUGUGUCGUCGGCGACCAGUCGACAGGAAAAUCGUCUCUCAUCGAAGGCAUGUCUGAAAUCAAAGUCCCUCGCAGCGCUGGAACUUGCACUCGUUGCCCUAUGGAGAUCAAUCUAUCCGAGAGCAAUGAACCAUGGCGUUGCAGAAUAUCCCUGAGCCGAAACCAUUACUACAGUAGUAACCUGAGCCUCAAAAAGAUAUCGAAAGCUAAACCCCUGGGGCCGUGGGUGGCUAUGGAUCCUCAGGAAGAGCAUUUCGUUACGUUGGAUAACAAAGACGAGGUGCAAGAAGCCAUUCAGUGUGCCCAGCUGGCUAUUUUGAACCCCCAAAAUGAUCCGUCGUCGUAUGUGCCCAGCUCGUUUUCAGCUAUGGAUAAAACAUCGACUCGUGUCAAGUUCUCCCCAAAUGUCGUCCGUCUAGACAUCUCAGCUCCCGGGUUUUCCAACUUGGCCUUUUAUGAUUUGCCAGGUGUCAUUAGCCAGGCCGAAGUCGAUGAAGAAGCCUACCUCGUGACGCUGGUCGAAAACCUUGUCAAACAGUACGUGUUACAAGAAAGCUGCAUCAUUCUCUUGACGCUUCCCAUGACAGACGAUGCUACCAACUCCAGCGCCGCACGUAUCGUUCGUGAAAUCAAAGCCACUCAGAGAACAUUGGGAGUUUUGACAAAACCGGAUCGUAUGGAAGAUACGACCCAGUGGUGUGAAAUCUUAACCGGCAACAAGUUUCUUCUCGGCCACGGCUAUUUUGUCAUUCGCAACAACCCCAAUCCUGCCGUCGAUAAUGAACAAGCUCGAUUUGAAGAGGAAUAUUUCUUUUCCCAGCCCCCUUGGACCAGUGACCUGGGUGGUUUCCAGGAGAAGUUUGGUACGCGAAGGCUACAAACCGCCCUGUCUCAACUAUUGCUUGACCAGAUCAGAAAUUCUCUCCCGAAUGUUGUCACUCAAAUCAAUGAGAAAGCGGAGAGGAUCAAGGCAGAACUUCAACUACUGCCUCAGCCGGUUACCAAGAGCGCGAUUGUUGACCUUGUAAAUAAGCUUCGAGACUUUCAGAGUGCUAUCGAGUCAUGCUUCGAUGGUGGAUCGAAAGAUUCACAGAUGUUGAGGCAAUGGGACUAUAUUGCAUCUGAUUUUCGCCUCUCCCUCCAGCAUACCCGACCAUCCUUGAACACGGAGACAGAUGAAGACGCCUUUCCCAAGGUGGUUGAGGAUGGAAGCGACGUUGACUGCGAGAUAGUCGGCGUACAGCAGGCACGGACGCCUAAUAAGCCCAGAACACCCGCGACCGAUACAAAGGUAGUAAUUCCCACCCAGAGAAUUUCUCAGCCGAACCUUCAGUACAAGACUGAAUUAUUUGGUGACUUUAAAGGACCGAAACAUCGGUUCCAGCUACCUGAAAUCAGGAGUAUCAAUGAAAGUUACUCUUACGGACAUAUACACAGUCAAAACCACCCUCGUGCCAGCGAGGCUCUGAACAAAAUUAGCGUAUCUCACUGGGGCGGCCCUAUGGGGAUUUUCCUCGACAUCACCAACAAGCUAGUCAGAAGCACAAUCAUCAACCAGGUUAACAAAGUAUUCGCACAAUACCAGGAAACGGAACUACAUCGGCUUAUUUCAAACAUCGUCUCUCGGAACCUGUCUCAACUCAAGAAUGACUUGGAGCUGCAAGCCUUGGAGCUUCUCGAUCAGGAGAAAUCCAAGCCAUUGACCACGGCAUUCACGUACGUUCAAGCAGAGGAAAAAAGGCACUACGAACACUUGACCUAUCGACGCCGAAUCACUAGAGCCAAGGCGUAUCUCAAGUCCCAGAAUGAGUUACCUGAGGAUGGUGCCAAGGCCACGCAAAAAGCAAAACAAAUUGAUGUCGGGCCGGAUCCGUUUGACAACGAAGUCAAGAUGAUGGCAGGUACUCGAGCUUACUACGACCUUGCAUCUACUCGCUUUGUGGAUUCGCUUGCCCAGAAAGUGCAUUUGAGGCUUUUUCGAAAGUGUAACAACUUGUGCUCUGUGAUCGAGGAGAAGCUUCAGAUUCACGGGAAUGACGCGGCGGAAAGAUGCACACGUCUGAUGGAUCCCAACAUUGAGCAUCGACAGCAGCGCGAGCGUCUGGUGACUCAACUAGAAAAACUAACCAUUGCGCAGCAAUGGCUUUCAGAAAGCUCGAAAAAAGACGACGAAGACAAUCUGGCCGAUGACUAUGGGCAGCUAGUCGACUCAUUUUUGUUGUCAGAUACAGGCGACGCAGACGACGUGGGUGGUGCGGACGAUAAGACAAGGGUCUUCUAA